AUGAGCCGGGCGGGCUGGCGGGUGCUGCAGGCGCUGGGUGCUGGCGGGUCCCGGGCGGCYGCCCCGCUCAGGCGCUGCUCCCAGGUGGUGUCGGGCGAGUUCAGCGAGGACAGCGAGGUCUACAACUUCACGCUGCACGCGGGCGACGAGCUGACGCUCAUGGGCCAGGCGGAGCUGCUGUGCGCCAAGGCGGGCAAGGARAGGUGGCGCCUCGGCAGCCUGCUGCGGCGGCUGGGCCGCGCGGCGCCCGCGGGCGGGCGGCCCGCCAAGGGCAAGAUGCCCUGCCUCGUCUGCAUGAACCACCGCACCAACGAGAGCCUCAGCCUGCCCUUCCAGUGCAAGGGCCGCUUCAGCACGCGCAGCCCGCUGGAGCUGCGCCUGCAGGAGGGCGAGCACACCGUGCGCAGCAUCAUCGAGAAGGUGCGGCUGCCCGUGAACGUGGCCGUGCCCAGCCGCCCCGCGCGCAACCCCUACGACCUGCACGCCAUCCGCGAGGGCCACCGCUACAAGCUCGUGGGCAUCGUCUCCAAGACGGUGGUGCUGUGCUGCAUCCUGCGCCGCGACGCGCUCGUGCCCUUCCACUUCCUGCUGCUCGCCGACAUGCCCCGCUUCCAGCUGCCCGAGGGGCUGCUCGGCGGCGACCCGCGCCUCGAGAAGCUGCUGCGGGACAGCGCCGCGUUCUGCCGCGAGCGCUUCGACGCCGAGCAGUACUCCAGGGCGGUGCGGGAGGCCGGGCCCGAGCUCGCCGGGGAGCGCGGCAGCCCGCGGCGCCUGCGCCUCUGCCCGCAGGGCUGCGAGGGGCUCGGCCAGCCGCUGCGGCGCCUCUCGCUCUGCGUGGCCCGCGGCGCGCCGGGCGCCGAGCCCGCCGAGCCCGACACGGAGUACGUGGCGCCCGCCUGGGCCGAGGGCAGGAGCCCGGAGCCGCCGGAGAUCCCCUACGAGGAGCUGUGGGGCAACGCGAGCGGCGAGGGCUGCGCGCACGGGGGCCGCCGCGACCUGCUCUGCUCGGGGGCCGCGGCCCCGCGGGGCUCCCCGCGCCGCCCCGGGGACCAGCCCCUCGGGGACGCGCCGCCCCCCGUGCCGCCCAAGUCGGAGGCGGGUGCUGUUGAGGCGGCCGCCCCCCGGCCCCGCGGCGACGGCUCGCCCUGGCUGCCGCCCGCCGACCUCUCGGCGCUGUCGCUGGAGGAGGUGUCGCGCUGCCUGCGCUUCAUCGGCCUCUCCGAGGACGUGGUGAGCUUCUUCGCGCGCGAGCGCAUCGACGGCAGCAUCUUCGUGCAGCUCAGCGAGGAGAUCCUGGCCGACGACUUCCGCCUCACCAAGCUGCAGGUGAAGAAGAUCAUGCAGUUCAUCAAGGGCUGGCGGCCCAAGAUGUAG